AGAAAAAGGAAACUGGAAGAUCGUUUCUCUCACUCACAACGGCGAUGGAAUUCUGGAGAAGGAAGAAGGAGAAGGAAACUGUAAGAUCGUUUCUGUCACUCACAACGGCGAUGGAAUUCUGGAGAAGGAAGAGCAAGGAGAGAAAGUGUUUCCUCAAAAAUGGAAGCAUGUUUCUUGAGAAACUCAUAGCUGACUGUAAUGGCAUAUCAAACCCUAUCAGAAUGUUCUCUUCCCAUCAAAUCUCCAAGGCCACCAAUCACUUCGAUCCCAACUAUUUACACCCUGAGCUAGCAUCUUUAACUUCAUAUUGGGGUUUUACCUUUUACAAGGGAGUCAUUGAUAGCAGAUCUUACACGAUCAAGAAAUUUUCAGAGUCGUGGAGUAAAGACGAAGAAGAAGAAGAGAGAAUUUACAACGAUAUUGUCUUGUCUGCUCGGGUAAGUAAUCACAAUGGUUUCCUCAAACUCAUGGGUUGUUGUCUCGAAUUUCCACUUCCGGUGAUGGUAUUUGAAGACCUAGAAUAUAAAGCUAUGAACCAUCUAGGAAAUGUUGGUAGCUUGGAUGGUCCGGUGUUGCCGUGGAAUGUACGUUUAAAGAUUGGGAGGGAGGUUGCGAUUGCUAUAACUUAUCUUCACACUGCUUUCCCUAGAAUCAUUAUUCACAGAGAUAUUAAGCCUAAAGAGAAUAUAAUGGGAACUUAUGGAUAUGUAGAUCCUUUUUAUAUGGCGACGGGAUUUCUGACAGCAUCUUCAGAUGUGUUCAGUUUUGGAAUCCUUAUGUUGGUUCUUCUGAUUGGAAAACCAGCAGUUUUAGAUAAAUCAUAUGGGGAACUGGAUUUUGGUAAUAGAAUUCUUGAUUAUGUGAAGGAUCUGCAGCAGAGAGGAGAACCUAUUGAAUUCGGAGGCGAUUCAAACGACAUGAGGCCUGGUCAGAUGAAAAUGUUUCUCGACCUGGCACUUAGAUGCUGCGAGGAGAGGAAUGAAGACAGGCCUAAGAUGAUCUUGGUUGCGAAACAGAUUAAGCUUAUAGAACAAGCAUCACUCUAGGAUAGUCAGAUUUGAGAUUUGGGAUUAUGCUCAUACAUAGUAAGGUUGUGUUUUGUGUAUUGCUGGAUUUUCUAAUAAAUACUUUAUUUUUGAUUAAGAAAGAGAUUUGAUUUGUGGGUACAUAAAUAUCUUUCUGAGGUUCUGAAAACAGGCGAGGAUCUUAGCAUCAGUUAGAAGGGUUCAUCUUUAUACUUCUUGAUCAGAACGGAUCUGUUUCUUAACCAAUCUGUCUUCACAUAUUGCAUAGCUCCAGUGUAAAUUGUUUGUACCUUGAAGGAUUUGUUAGGAAGAAAAUGUACUGAUAGGACUGAAUUUACGAUGCUAUGAGUUCCCUCCAGCAAUAAGCUCCAGUUUUUUCUUGAAACUGAUCUUUUGUCUCUUAUUUUCUUCUUUCCGCUUGAAGAUACUACAAUGUAAGUUCUACUAUUAAGUACAAUUUAUUGUAGCAAUGUUCUCUUUCUUAUGGAUUUCC